AUGGCGAACCCCGAAGAACUGAAGAGCAACCAUGCUGACGGCGUCAGCGAGUUUCCAUUCCAUCUCCGCAAGUCUCUGUGCCUUUCCGGAGAGCAGCCGGGUGUUGCUCUUCACCACGGGGACAUGGACUUUCCCCGGUCGAUCAGCAAGCACUUUGACGCGGGCGAAAGCAAUGCGGCGGAACGGCUGAUGGCCCUCAAGUAUGCGCUGAGGCUCGCAGACGCGGAGACCUUCUGGAAGCGACUGUUGGAGGAUCUUACGUCGCUCUGUGAUGCCCAGUAUGGAUUCGUGGUCAAGAGACUUUCCGCCAACGAGACGGACCAUGCUACGGAGCUGUCGUCGAUUGGCGAGUCGGGCUCCCAGCUUCUGACCCUCGCCUUCUACUAUAACGAUGGCCACGGGAUAGAAGGGUGGCAUCGAGACUAUAGGUUCCCCGCAUGCGGCGCGCCUUGUGCUCACAUGAGACAUGACAAGGUCUUCGUGGUUCCCGACAAGUUCUCCUCGUUUAGCAACCAUAACCCCGCCGAUCUGCCCUUUUCUGCAGAGGCAUAUCUCGCCGUUCCCUUAUUCACGGGAGACAAGUGCAUCGGCCAUUUUGGACUGAUGUGGUCCGAAGAGGGCCUCCGGAAUAAGCGAUUAUCCUGGUCCUAUCUGGAAUUGCUUCUGCACUCUCUCGAAGACCUGGUCACACAGCGGGUCUUGGAUGAGGCUACGCCGUCAACGACAGAGCGGCGCGACAGCCUGUCUGAGUCGCUGUUUCCGACGCCAAACGCUACCAAUAAAUCCCAGUCCGCCUCGUCCCCUCCUCCUCCAAUCUUCUCUUAUCCCCUCAAACCAUACGCGCCAAGCCUCUCUCACGAGCUGAGGACACCAAUGCAAGGUGUCGUGGGUAUGCUGGAUGUCAUGCACGCAAACGUUGAAGAGGCAAUUGAUGCCAAAGCCGCCAUCGCUAAGUCGUCUCAGCUUCUGCAGGACUUGAAGGAGAAUAUCGAGCUGGUCCAAGACAGCGCCAGACGCGCAGUAGAAGCCGCCGAUAACGUCGUCCACGCGUACGAUCUCAACAUGCAGAUCCCUGACACUCCGCGCAGGGUUACAGAGAAUGAAGUUCUGGAUGAUCCUCUACCCCCGUCAGCCAUGACAUUCGACAGCCGUCCGGAUUUGCUCAAUACCAGUGUUAAUCUUCCCGUUAACCCUUACAAACGCCGGCGUAGCCACUCAAUUGACUGGACUUACGGGCCCACAGCAAAGCAUCGAUCACGUCGGAACCUUUCUCGUGGAGAUCUUUCGCCUCGCAGCGAGGUCAAGAAUGCUGUCCAAGAAAGUGACCAGAUUGUCUAUUCGCCAACAAGAGGUCGCAUUGAAGAAGUGGUUGUCGAUGCGGUUGCCCAGCGUCCAUCGCUCGCGGCGCGGGGAGCCGCUCCCCGGAUGCUAGUGGAAGGAGGCAGCUGGAUCCCUUCAGUUUUGCGACAUACCAAGAUUCGGGACCUCCUCCACUUGGUCAUCAACGAGUCCCUGCAUGUGGGCGGGCGUCCCGAGUCGUCGACGAGCGAGUCCACUCCAUUGGGAGAACGGAUUGAGGUUCAUGCACGAUCGUCCAACGGAGAACCUUGCGUCAAGGUCAUCGAAUGGUCGGUGGACUCCCAGGUGCCGGACACCCUGCUCGUCGAUGAAAGGGAUCUCGCCAAGCUGAUCUCUUGCGUCUUCCUGAAUGCGGUCAAGUUCACUGAGAGCGGUGAGAUCACUGUCUCGGCAACUCUGAGCAGCAGAGGGCAGUAUAUCCGCAUCAACAUUCGCGAUACCGGCACUGGCAUCCCGGAGGCAUUCCUGCCGAAUCUCUUCAAGCCGUUCGCUCGUGAAGAUGACUCGACGACACGGACGAAAGACGGUCUUGGCCUGGGACUGCUUGUAGCCAAAGGCCUUUCCAGGAAAAUGGGCGGAGAUUUGCUCUGUGUGCGCUCGUCGACAUCUGGGCCGGAUCGCGGAUCCGAAUUCGAAAUCCGCGUGCCUAUUACUCCAAAUGGAAACUCGUGCCGGCCAGGCACCCCAUACAAUGGGUGCACGACACCAUCGCAGUCUGAUCACCCCCCAUUUGAUUUUAACAGUCCUCGCGGACCCAUUGACACCGACAAAGCUAAAAAUCUUGGAACCGAUGGGGAAGCAAUGACUCCUCCGGAGAAAACUUCCCCUCCCCUGGACGGCCAGUUCGCACAAACCAGUCCAGCCAAUGUCACCAAUGGCAGUGCCUCCAAACCGCGUCCCAGCUCUUCUUCUCCUCCUCGAACGGCUGGUCAUCCGCCGACCAGCAAUCUACACGGCAGUGGCCUCGCUAAAAAGUACCCCCUCACCUUCUUGGUAGCCGAAGAUAACCAAAUUAAUCGAAAGAUCUUGGUCAACAUGCUCCACAAGCUCGGAUACCGUGAUGUCUAUGAAGCCUAUGAUGGGAAAGAAGCCGUCCGCAUCAUGCGGGACACCCUCUUAUCCCACUACCCUCUGCCAUCCCCUGCCUCGUCGCCGUCCUUGAAUGGGAGCGAUAGCGGCAUCGAAAAUCCCUCGUCUCCCAACGGAGCCCCCCAGGGCAAGAAUACCACCAAACCGAUCGAUGUAGUGCUGAUGGACCUGUGGAUGCCCGAGAUGGACGGCUACGAAGCGACGACACGGAUCUUUCAAUUGGUAGAUGAACACCGCAGUCGUCUGGCGCCCCAUGCCAACGAGCGUUCUAGUCCUCACGAGAGUCGCCGUUCGUUUUGGGGAGAGAACGGUGACAGUUACUUUCCAUCCGUGUCUCCGAUUUCGCCCAAGGUUCUCGCGGUGAGUGCGGACGUGACGGACGAAGCACUGGGACGGGCUUCCCAGGUUGGCAUGCAAGGGUACAUGACGAAACCGUACAAGUUGGCCGAUCUGGAGCGAUUGAUUCUUGAUUUCUGUGGUGACGAGGUGUCUCCAGUUUAA